AUGAAAACUUCUCAAAUUUGCAUUAUACUAAUUUACAGUUUACUGAUAUGGUGCAUAGGAGCGGAUAAUCAUGUCUGGAUACUUUACUCGAGAGAUUCAACCGACAUUGAAUGUUUCAUGAGUGGAUCUCGUCGUUAUUGUCGUUCAAUCAUAGUAAAUGAUACGAUGAAAUCAUGCCAGGAUGGUGAUCCAUGGACUUUUGACAAGCUCAAGGAUCUGAACGUGACAAGUGAAAAUUUAAUCGAUUGGUUAAUUCCUUUUCAUCUAAUCGAGCAAUAUACUGUUUAUUUGAAUUAUGAUGAAAACAGCCAUGCAGCUGAAGCAAUUAUUUGCAAUUGUAGUCAGAAUCGAAUUGGCAGAAAAUGUGAAUAUAGUUUCAAUAAUCAAGCAAAGAACCCCGGUGAUUUGGUAACUAGACAAAUAACUGAGAGUAAUACAAAUAAUUAUGAAACGCUCACACGAUUUGUAGAUGGUAUCACAUGCAAAGGUGCAGAUAUAUUUCUUGAGUGGCGACACAUAUGUGAUGGAAUCACUCAAUGUCAGAAUGGCGCUGAUGAGAUUGAUUGUCAUCAUUUGGAAUUUCACAAGUGUGAACCAGAUGAAUUUCAAUGUCGCAAUGGUAUGUGUAUUCCUAUUGAGUUUGCAUUUGAUGCUGCGCUUGAUUGUAUGGAUGGGAGCGAUGAGCAACAACUCAAUGAACUCUACAAGCGAUACUAUGACUGCUCGAAAAAAUCGACGUUCGAGUGCGAUGAUCGUCUGUGUCAUAAAAAUCAGUUUUCAUGUGGAAAUGGUGAAUGCGUUCCUUGGUCAUCGGUUCUAAACCAUAAUAUAGGAUGCCAGAACUCACGUCAUUUAGCUUAUAUAUGCGAAACAUAUAAUCCGACCGGGGAUAUCCGUAGAGAACAGUCCGGCAUAUGCAAAGAAACGAUGAAGCCUAUCCUUCCAUUGACGAACACUUCAGACUGUCUACAAACUCUGAGAUAUUUAGUACAACCUAGGGCGGUCAAUCUAUUAAGUGAACUUGCUGUUAAAAAUAUGAAAGAUCGUUGUGAAAAUCACAUAAUCUAUUCAGAACAGAACGCUUUCUUUCCAGGCUUGAAGGUUGUUUAUAAUCGCUCUCGUAUCGAAGCAUUCUACAGUAAGCCAAGUAAUUCACAGAAACGCAUAGCAAAAGCACCUGAUCUAUACUAUUUCAGUGGUGAUAUUGCAUGCGACGGAAUAUCAUUGACUAUACAUGAAAAGAUUUGGUUCAAUCCUCAAGAAUUGAAAGAAUUCACUUCAUCUUACCCAUUUUUUCCAUUAUUUCAUUUAAUAUGUGAAAAGGUAAUGAAUAAAUCAGCCAGUGAUAGGCAAACGCACAAGGAACAGGUUCCUUCAUUAACAUCAUUGUCUUAUCACUGCAAAAAUACAUCGGAUCGGAUAUCACUACGUCGAAUCAAUGAUGGAUACAUCGAUUGUCUCUAUGGUGAUGAUGAAAGAAAUCCCGAUUAUCCAAUGACCGAACUAUUUCGAUACCGAUGUCAAACUGUGACAUCUCCAUCCCAAUAUGUCAGCUAUUCAAAAUUAGGCGAUGGUGUCGAUGAUUGUGCCGAUGGAAGCGAUGAAAUAUCCAAAGAACUACGUUGGUCAUCUUUUAAAUGUGAUGUAAAUGAUGCUUAUGCAUGUUGGGUUUUCCAAGGUGAUCAGUUCAGAGAGAAUCGUAUAAAAGACGCUCGAUUUCAUUUUCAUCGUCACUGUGAUUCAAUUUGGGACUCCAUGGAUGGUCAAGAUGAAAAAAAUUGUUUACAUUGGAUAUGUGAUCCUGGUUUGUAUAAAUGUAAUCGAACAGGGCAAUGUAUCGAGUUAAAAUAUUUUUGUGAUGGUGAAUUUGAUUGUGAUGAUGGUGAAGAUGAAAUAAAUUGUUCUAUGCCAUAUAAACCAUGGGAUCUCGAAAUGGAAUGCAACAAAAGCACUGAGUUUUUUUGCAUUACUGAUAAAUAUGUGGAAAAUCAAACCCUGCAUCGUCCUUGUAUUCCUCGUAGUCAAGUGGGUGAUAGUCAUAUUGAUUGUAUUGGAGCUCGCGAUGAACGUAACGUUGCUUCGUGUCCUGACCAUCGGAUGGUUGGUGAUCGUUUUCUAUGCGAUAAUGGAAAUCGGUGCAUCCAUUAUAUGGCGCUAUGUAACGGAAUUAAGGAUUGUGCGGAUGAAACGGAUGAGUCAAUUUGCUAUUGGAAUAAUGGCUGGUGCGACCCCGGACAGUUUCCAUGUGCAGAUCGAAAAGGAUGUAAGAGUAUGAGAUGUAACUAUGAUAUAAGUUGCAGUGAUAAAUCUCAUCGUUUUUGGUGCCCAAAUACAAACAAUGAAAACUAUGAAAACUAUAUCUAUCGUUCGAGUAAAGACAGACUAGUGAUUGAUAACAAAAAAAGAUGUUACAGUCAAUCAGAGUCUCGUAUCGAACUUUCAGUAAAAUUAUCACCCUCAGAUCGUCAAGCCAGUGAUAAGGCUACGGAAUCACCUGUCUCAUUCUUCUAUUGUAAUCGAGGUUUAUAUCUUCGUGCAGCCGAGAGUUCAAAACUCUAUUGCUUUUGUCCACCAACUUUUUAUGGCGAUCGUUGCCAAUUCAGCAGUCGACGAGUAGCCAUUCAGCUUCGUUUCGAUCGAAGACAUCGUCUUGAUCUUCCAAUUAUUCUGAAUGUCCUCAUGUCGCUUAUUCUAAAUGAUAGUGUAAUAGUUGAUCAUCGUUUUUUUNCAUUCUUCUAUUGUAAUCGAGGUUUAUAUCUUCGUGCAGCCGAGAGUUCAAAACUCUAUUGCUUUUGUCCACCAACUUUUUAUGGCGAUCGUUGCCAAUUCAGCAGUCGACGAGUAGCCAUUCAGCUUCGUUUCGAUCGAAGACAUCGUCUUGAUCUUCCAAUUAUUCUGAAUGUCCUCAUGUCGCUUAUUCUAAAUGAUAGUGUAAUAGUUGAUCAUCGUUUUUUUCUCGAUGAAGACAAGGAAUAUCCAUCGAAGAUUACUGCCAUCUUAGUUUAUCCUCGCCCAAAACCUCAAGGCAUCUAUUCUGUACGGAUUGAGGCCUAUCAUUCAACAGAAUUGAUUCAUUUUUGGGAAUACCCACUUGCCGGUGAUUAUCCUACUAUUCGUCAACAAAUCCUCAUUCCGCCACUUAGUUCGUUUCCAUUAGUUCGAACAAUCAAAACUCGUGAUUUUCGAGAUAAUGUUGGGCUGCCUCCAGAAAUUGGAUUACUCUCCACUUUUAAACCCAAUACACAUUCAAUAGAGACUACAAUGUAUUUACUUUUUAUUAAUUGUUCGAAUGCAAUACGAAAUUUUUCCGUUGAUCUUGAUCUAUAUCCACAAAUGUGUCAUAUCUUACCCGAAAAUCAUCGAAACUCUGUCACCUUAUUUCCCAAUUUCUGUCAGAAUUCAACGUAUGGUUCUUGCUUUAC